CCGUGCGAUCGCAUCGGCUAUAAAAAAGAACUUUUGUUCUCGCUGCGUUCUCUGUGGGAACAAUGGCUUCUCGGACAUUUUCAAAGGAAAGGCAGGAAGUUAACAAAGAGGAAACUAACUCGACUUCCGGAAGCCGCGUCUCCGACGUCGCUGGUGUCAGUGAGACUAACGUGGACGGGUGGCCUUUCAGAAAAUCGAAGUACGAAACAGACUUCAAAUCCACGAAGGCGUCCACAGGCUCGGUAAGGAUAGAUGUGGAUUCCGAAGUUUACGACAUGAGCCAUGAUAGACGGGGAGUGGCGUUGAUCUUCAAUCAUGCUCACUUCAAAAGCAUGCCAUCAAGACCCGGCACAGUAAAGGAUUGCAAAGACUUGGAACGGACGUUGACCGAUCACGACUUCGAAGUCCGCAUUUAUACAGAUCCGACCAUCGACACCAUCACCACUGCGCUCAAGUCCACUGCAGCUGAGGAUCAUACAGAUGCCGACUGCCUGGUCGUGGUUGCAAUGUCACAUGGGGAGUCGGGACUAUUGCACUCGUACAACACGUUAUAUCCCGUGGAGGUUCUUUGGAAAUUCUUUACUGCAGACCGGUGCCCAUCUCUUGCCGGGAAGCCAAAAUUAGUUUUCAUUCAGGCUUGCCGAGGGGAUCGCCUUGACGAUGGGGUGACAAUAAUUCACGAGACGGAUGGAGCAGCUAUAUUCAGCAUCCCUACCUAUGCGGAUAUUAUGAUCGCGUACUCGACCUACGACGGGUUCUUUUCGUGGCGCAAUCCUACUGCUGGGUCCUGGUUCAUUCAAUCCAUUUGCAACGAGCUGAAUCGCAAUGGACGAACGCGAGAUCUCCUGACCAUGAUGACUUUUGUCAACCGACGCGUGGGCCUUGAAUACGAAUCAUUUGUUCCACAUAAACAGAGCAUGCACGCCAAGAAACAAAUUCCAUCGGUUGUUUCAAUGCUAACGCGACUGGUUUACUUCCAUGAGAAAAUUAUGUUUCGGGAAAGUCAUGGGAAAGUCGAAGACGUUACAGAACAUAAGUAAUGUAAGUUUCCAGAGGGUUGUAACUAUUUAUUUUGCAAUAAAAUGGAAGGGAGAGAUUUAGAAGUUGUAUGCUCUUCACGGCACUUUCACACCACCUUAAAUGCAAUAAAUAUGUAUUUAAUUGGAAAAAUAAGAUGGAUUCACCUGUACCCCAUCAAUUUCUCUGUCGU